AUGGCCAAGCUAGACCCAGCAAUCGACAAGCGUGACUUUGACGCAAACCGUCCCUUGCUUGGCGGUCACGCCCAUGGACCUCUUGCUCAUGAUUCAUCUGAUCCUUCGCGACCGACAUCAAGACAUUCCGCUAUCGCCUAUAGUGAUGCGGACGAUGGCCUUCUCACUGAUGUGGUUGAGGAAAUCGUCGAGAGAGACCGACGGAAGUUGGCAAAAGAAGUGGUGCGUAUAUGCAGUUUUGUCUGGGGGGUGAUUACAUGUCUCGCCGCCGGCGGAGUGACUGCCUUCUCUCUCUACGGACCUCUCUUCCUCACCCGUCUCCACUACACUCAGAUUCGGGUGAAUGCAGUCUCCAUUGCCGCCGAGAUCGCGAUGUAUCUCCCUGUCCCGGUAUUCGGAUACCUGUGUGACCGAUACACGCCCUCUCCGCUGGCUCUCUUCUCCGGGCUGAUCUUUGGGCUGGGCUAUCUCCUAGCCGCCUUCACGUACAAGAGUGGCCCGCCGCCUGACGCGGGUGGCGACGGAUGGCCAUUCUGGGUGAUGAUCGUGGCGUUCAUUGCUAUCGGCGCCGGCACGUGUUCCAUGUAUCUCGCUGCGGUGACGACCUGCGCGAAGAACUUCGGAAGAGGAAAGCAUAAGGGCAUCAUGCUUGCUGCGCCCAUUGCGGGGUUCGGCCUGAGCGGCAUGUGGCAGAGCCAGGUGGGGACGUACUUGUUGUAUGAGCCCCGUGACGAUGGUAGUCGGGGGGAUGUCGAUGUGUUCCGUUACUUUGUCUUCCUCGCGGUUUUGACUCUCAGUGUCGGGAUCAUCGGUACCUUUGGGUUGAGGAUCGUCGACGAAGACGAAGAGAAAUAUAUCGACGAGACGGUGGAGGAGCUCGAGAGAAGCGGGCUUCUUGAUGAGAGCGCUUUCUUCCGACCCCGGAGUGAGGUGGCCGCUGCGUAUGGCACAUUCUCGCAAGACGAUGAUGCGAAUGAGUCAGACGACGAGCGCACGCUGGCUCAAUCCGAGGAGGAGCGCGAAGCUGCUCGUCGCGAAAAGGAACGGGAGGAGGAGGAGCGUCGCAAAAAGAAUUGGCUGUUGAACUACGAGACCAAGGUGUUCCUCAAGGAUCGGACGAUGUGGUUACUGGCGUUUGGCUUUUUCCUCGUCACUGGACCUGGAGAAGCCUAUCUUAACAACGUGCGUUCCCCGCGCAGUCAUGAAUCCAUCCCCGCGGCCUCUGCUGACUUUACUACUAGCUGGGUACGAUUGUGCAGACCUUGA